AUGGGACUGCUGGGCCCUUCUAUAGAUGAAUUACGGAAGCAAGAAAUCAAAGAAAGAUUCAAUAUGGGGACUGUGUUGAGGAUUGGCUUUCAUGCUUUGCAGGCAGUCGCAUUUGUUCAUUGUUCAUAUUUUGUCCAUCGAGAUAUCAAGCCCAGCAAUUUUGCUAUUGGAAUAGACAACUCCAGACGAAUCUAUCUAUUCGAUUUUGGACUUUCUAGAGCACUCAAAAAGCGUGGCGAUAUGGAAUUGCGUACAAUGAGGGAAGAUGUUUCAUUCCGAGGAACUUCAGGAUAUUGCAGCUUGAACGUACACAACAGAAAGGAACAUGGAAGGCACGACGACCUAUGGUCAAUCUUCUACAUGCUUGCAGAAUUGAAAACUGGCGAUCUACCAUGGAUGGGAAGAUCUCGAAACAAAACAAAAAUUUUAAAGGCGAAAUUAAUGGAUUUUGAGUAUAUGCAUGGAUGUCCAGUUGCUUUCUCAACCAUUUUGAAUUAUUUGCGAACUUUGGAUUACCACAAAAGACCCGAUUAUAUCGGUAUUGAACAAGCAUUUUUUGGAAUGAUGGCGGCAAGGGAAGUAAAUUGGAAUCAACCUUUGGAUUGGGAAGUUGAUUAGAAUAGAGAGAGGUUUGAGGGGUUUUUUGUAUAUUUUUUUCUGUGAAUAUUUGAAUAAUUGCCUUAAUGAAUAAAUGUUUAAUAUGCCUAAUUUGUUCUUUUUUCAAAUGCUGUACUUGUGCAGUUCUUAUUUUUUCUUUAAUUCUUUCUCUUCCCGCCCUUUUC